CGCUGCCCGGGCGGCGGCGCCCGGAGCCCGAAGCGGGUCACGCGUGCGCUCUCCCGGCGCCGGCGCGACCCGGGACCAUGGCGAUGGCGCCGAGCGGCCGCGGGGCGCUCCGCCUGCGGCUCCUCCUCUCGGCUCUGAAGUCGGGGCCCCACGUUCCCCUGGCCCGGCCCGCCGCGGCGUUCGGCACCUCAGUAACCUCCACCAAAGUGGCUGUGAACGGUGUCCACCUGCAUUACCAGCGGACCGGAGAGGGCGAGCAUGCCGUCCUGCUGCUUCCUGGAAUGUUGGGAAGUGGAGAGACUGAUUUUGGACCUCAGAUUAAAAACCUAAAUAAGAAGCUCUUCACAGUGGUUGCUUGGGAUCCUCGAGGAUAUGGACAUUCCAGACCCCCAGAUCGAGAUUUCCCAGGGGACUUCUUUGAAAGGGAUGCAAAAGAUGCUGUUGAUUUGAUGAAGACGCUGAAGUUUAAGAAGAUCUCUUUGCUGGGUUGGAGUGAUGGUGGUAUAACAGCCCUCAUUGCAGCUGCAAAAUACCCAUCUUACAUCCAUAAGAUGGUAAUUUGGGGGGCCAACGCCUAUGUGACUGAGGAAGAUGAGAUGAUUUAUCAGGGUAUCCGAGAUGUUUCUAAAUGGAGUGAGAAAACAAAAAAGCCUCUAGAAACCCUAUAUGGGUAUGACUACUUGGCAAAAACUUGUGAAAAGUGGGUGGAUGGCAUAAAACAGUUUAAACAUCUUCCGGAUGGUAAUAUCUGUCGGCACUUGCUGCCCCUGGUUCAGUGCCCCACCUUAAUCGUGCAUGGAGAGAAGGACCCUCUAGUCCCGCGUUUUCAUGCGGACUUCAUCCACCAGCAUGUGAGAGGGUCACGGUUGCAUCUGAUGCCAGAAGGCAAACACAACCUCCAUUUACGUUUUGCAAAUGAAUUCAACAAGUUAGUAGAAGACUUCUUACAGUGAAAGUGUGCCUCUGCACCCACCCCAGGCACAUCUCCCUGCACCUGCCCUCCGGUUCCAGCUCCUCCCUCCACUACUUCUCAACAUUAAGUUGUAAAUUUCUGACAUUGACAAAAUAAAUUCCUGUCAUGAUUUACUUUAUUUGCCAAUAAAUCUUAGAUGAGC